CAGAAACCAUUUGUUCGCUCCCGAAUCAACACAACACAAACACCCUGCAAAAUGUACUCCAAGAUCAUCGUUGUUCUUGCCCUUGUGGCCGCCAUCAGUGCCCAGUCUCACUACGGACAUCAGCAACAGUACCAUCAUGAAGAAGAGCACCACGGACCAGUGCACUACGAGUAUCACUAUGACAUCCAUGAUGACCACACUGGUGAUGUCCAUGGACAAAAGGAGGCCCGCAAGGACGACUCUACUCAGGGCGAGUACUACCUGAUUGAUGCCGAUGGCCACAAGCGUACCGUCACAUACCACGUUGAGGGUAAGAGCGGAUUCAUCGCUGAAGUGCACCGUGAGCCGAUCAAGGGAUACCAGGCUCCCCAGCCUCAGUACCAUCAGCAGCCACAAUACCAUCAUCAGGCUCCUGCUCAACAAAAUUAUCAUAACUAGAA